AUGACACUCGAAAACCCCACGAACACCGACCGCCCAACACCAACCAUCACCCCAGAAUCCGCAAGCCUCCACCUAGGCAGCUCAAUCUUCAUCAACGCCCCCUCAACCCGCUCCCUAACCGACACAUCAACAUGGCCAAGCUGGAACUCCUUCGUACCACGCGUAACAAUCCGCUCACAACCCGACACCCCGACAUCCACAUCCGCUGAUACCGACCCCAACACCUCCACCACCGCACCCGCACCACUCUCCCCAAUCCUCCAAAAAGGCACAAAAGUAACCUUCCAUGUCCGGAUGGAUCCAAACUCAACAAAACCCCAACCCGCAACAGACGCCGGCCUAAUCGUAACCGAGUACGAGGCGCCGAAUGCAGAGACCGGGACUGCGGGGCGAAUUGUUUGGGCCUCGGACUUCGAGGCGGCUGGGACGAUGCCGCCUUCGCUUUUGACUGCGGAGCGGGUUCAUGAGAUUAAGGAUGUAAAGGCCGAGGAGGGUGGGGUGAGUGGGACGGAGGUUAGGAAUUGGGAGUUGCAGGUUGGGUGGUUGGUUUAUGUUGUUAAGUGGAUGUAUGGGGCGCAGUUGAGGGUUAAUUUUGAUCUUUGGGUUAAUGAUUUGAAGGGGUUUGUUGAGGGGAAUGGGGGUGGACAUGAGUAG